AUGGAAAAGCUCACCGGUAAAGGACCCUGGCCUUCAUGCCCCACCUCCUGGAUGAGCAAGGCCCAGGUUUCCCAGAUGACUGAGGUCCUGACUGUUAGAAUCAAAGAAAUCCAGAGGACGUUUCCAACCUGGACCCCUGACCAGCACCUGAGAGCUUUGUGUAACCCAUGGGUUGGUUUCCCAGCGUGGAGUGGACUCUGUGACUACACCCGAAGCAGCCAGGACCUGAGCUGUGACUUCUGCAAUGGUGUCCUUGCACGAGCCAAAUACUUCAGAAGACAGGGCUUCUAA